AUGACGAGCGGCGUGUGUGUAGAGAGUGACCUCUCCUCGAUGCUGCAGAGAAGCUCCGCCCCCUCUCACCAUCACCCAAAUCACCAUGGUUACGGCAGCCAGGGCCAGGUGUCGGGCCUAGCGCCGAUGCUGGACUACACCACCGAGAUGGACCGGUACCGCUCGUCCAUCGCCACCUUCUACAAGACCAACGUCAACAUGAACAUGAACGUGACAAACUUCCCACAGUCGGCCAAACUGGCGGCUCGUCUGGCGGCCGCCGCUCCCAUCUUCCCCCCCGCCGCUGCCAGGCUGGGUGCCAUGGCGACAGCCCCCUGGGGUUGCCAUGACAACAUGAACAUGAACCACCCGGCGGCCAUGUUCUGGGCAGCAGCAUGCACCAGAGCGGGGGGGCCCGGGGGGGGAGGCGCCGCUGGCGGGAGUGAAGGGGGAGGAGCUGAGAAACAGGGACACACUGCGUCACUUCCUGUCAGCCAGGGAACGUCGCACCAUCACCCGAUCGCGCCGAGCAACGGGAACUUUCUCCCUGGUUACAGUGGCGGGGCCGACUGUGGCGUCAUGAACAAGCAGGGACACGCCCACCCGGACAUGAUGGGCCUAUCGGAGGGCGGCAACUGCAAUGGGGGAGGAGUAAUGAGCGGUGGCUUCCUGGGGGGGCUGGGAUUACCCCCUGGGGUUAUCGUCAUGGCGAUGGGAUCCGCAGGAGGCGGGAUUUCUGACGCCAGCAGCGCUUUUCAGAUGACGAGCGGCCAGCGGGCGCUAACGGACUGCCAGCAGCACACCAACUCCUCCCCCUGCCCCUCCUCCUCCUCCCCUUCAUCAUCAGGGGUGACAGCAGGGGGUGUCUCUCUCUCCUCAUCAUCUUCAUCGUCGUCAGGGACAGUGGCGAAGAGGAAGCGGAAGCGCUGUGGCGUAUGCGGCCCGUGCAGACGACUGAUCAACUGCGGCGUCUGCUCAUCCUGCCGCAACAGGAAGACGGGUCACCAGAUCUGCAAGUUCAGGAAGUGUGAGGAGCUGAAGAAGAAGCCGGUGGAGGAGGUGGGGUGCUGGAGCGGCCGCCCUCCGUCCCAGCCGGUGAGGCGUUUCGCUGGUUCUUCUAGCCUUUCCUUCACCAGUGGAGUCACCAACGCAGACACACCUGGACUGAAUGAAAUUCAGCCAGAGGACUUUGGUCUGAACCAGAGCAGGACUUUGUCGCGUGUGGAUAGUCCAGAAAUCCUACAUGGACUGGAUGGAGGACGAGGAGGAAGAGGAGGAAUCGCAGGAAACAGGAGGCCUUCAUCAGAAAGGCUUAAUGCUUUGGCAAAGGGGAUUUAAAGGUAACAUAUGAAGCAGUUACCACAUUGACUCCCCACAUGAAUGGUCUUGUGCUCACCAGCUGUUAAUUCAAAUCAACUGCAAGUCAUCUUGACAUCUCAUUUGUCCUGAAUUCACUUUAUAUUUGGGUUUUUCAAAUCUGGUCAUGCAAAGCUAAAUUUGUGCCAUUACAUGCAAAGCCAAGAGGCAACGAGGCUCCAGACUUCAGUUCUAUUUCUAACAAUAUAUCUUAUCUAAUUUAUAAAAGUGGAUUUGCUCCAUCUUUGCAGUCCUAGUGAGAUAUGUUUAUAUGGGUCUAUUAAACGCUGAUUUAUCAGCAUUAAACUAGAUUUAAUCCCUGAAAUGACCCUUGGGACACCAUAACUGUCUCCAGGUUCAUGAAUUACUGGUCUUGUUUUCAGGCCCAAUAUCAAUUUUUCAUCAUGGGACCAAUCUCUGGAGCAGCUGGACGUCUUACUGGGAACCAGGAUUGCCAGAGUGGGACCAUAAUUACUCAUUCGUUAACCCUUUAGGCUCGUCAGUGUUAUGUUUUUGUCCCAGUGCUUAAAUGACGUCGUGAACAUUUGCCCUCGCUCAGUUCAGAGGUCGUCGAUGCUUAAUGUGUCAGGCAGAGGUUUGCUCAGUAUUUCUAACUAUUGGGGCAGAUUUUAUUAAAGGUCUUGGACCAAGACCAAGAACUCUCAGGGGAUCAGGAAGGACUGGCAGAACCAUUCAGGACAUUUCUAAAGAUGAGCAGAUGAGUCGUGAGGACAGAGACGCUUCUGGAAGGAGAGACUUUAAACUGUUGCUUUAUUUGGGUUUGACAAAGAGAGGAUGGAAAAAUCUUCAUCCUGUCAGAGAAAACCAAACUUGUCUUUCUUCUCCUUCAAACUUCGACUGUAGAGUCCGACGCUUUGAUUGGUUAAACCGGGCAGUGACUGAAAAGUCCAGAUAAAAAAAAACAGUUUUAAACUUUCCAGCGACACAAGAGCAUUAACCGUUUCCUCCCAGACCUUAAAACGCCUUCCUCCUCUUCAUCCUCAUCCUCCCAGCCCAACCACGAAUCCCAUUGUAGCAAAACCCAGGAAGAUUCAGGACUCAGCCGCAGAGACUCCUUGAGUUUGACCAAAACUGGCUGACAAGCUAACCUCAAAGAGGAUUCACAAGCUGACCUCAGCAGGAAGUGAUCCAGGACUGUUAAUAUGGACUACAAGUUCCCCACAGUAGGACUACAAUAACCACAUCACUGUUACCCAUUUCUCUGUCUACCUCCUCCUUAAGGACUGUAAACGGCACCUUGGUCGACUUCUGCUGGUCGGUGUUUCUGCUGAACAACCUGAGCUGCUUCUUAACUCUCUUGGUGGUCCAGAACUUAUUUGGUUCAUUUGAAUCUGGCAAAUGAAAGAGUUGUGAUCAUUUAUUGGGUUUGUGUAGAUGUAGAUGGAAGGCUCCUAAGGGUGCAGUCGAAGGUCCAGAAGGUUUUAUAAGGCUGAAAGGAACCAUUUUACUGGUUCUGGUCCUCUAAUUGAAGGUUUUGAUGUUUUACCGCCACCAAUUGGGCUUGUUGGGCCCGACGGGACCUCAGAGAGAGUUCAGAACCAGUUCCUGUACCAGUUGAACAUUGAACCAUCUGGUGGACCAACAGAAGCGCGAAUGCAGCGUGGGAAUUCGCAGUGACGCUUUGGAUCCGCCGAGCAGAACUCUGGGACCUCCGGGAACCGAGCCGAACCACAUCGGAUCAUUCCACACUGCAACUGUGUCAUUUCCUGUUUGUCGUUUGACAACACGCUCAGUGAUUCCUUGUACACACCGAGACAUUCUCAUUAAAAUUUUAUCUUGAAAGCUCGUU